GUGCUCAAUUGCAGCUCAGCGGUGCCAUUCGUCUUGUAAACUCCAAUUAAACUAAAAUUACUUAACCAAGAAAAAUAGAUCCCUCUAGCCAGGGAUCUGGGUGGCCGCGACAAGGUGACGCGCCUCAAGCCAACGGCGGCCCUUCUGCGGGUCGCCAGAAGAACCCCGCGGUUCGCUCGUCCUCUGACUGAACGCUGCCAGUUGGGAUUCAAUUCUGCCCCUCUUCUCUUGUCCACCACAUCGUCUCUCCUCCUGCCUGCCGUCCGCCCCUUCGCAAACAUGGCCAUCAACUCCGCCCCCGAGUCCUCCCUCCUUUCCCUCCUCUACCGCUCCUACCCUACCGCCGUCUCCCCCGACGCCACGGAGCUCGACCUUCAGACGGCCACCCCCAAAAUCUUUCCGCAGACCAGCUUUUCCGUCGCGGAAGAGGCCGACAUCAAGCAAUGGCUCGCCACGAUCUCUGGUCUGCAGACCGCCCUCACUAAGGAUGACAAGCCCGUCGUUUCGACCAUCCUCUCCCAGGUGAACACCCACCUGGCCACCCGCACAACCCUGCUCGGUGCGAAGCCCUCCGUGGCCGACAUUGCCGUGUACGCCCUGGUCGCUCCUCUCGUCGAGAAAUGGACCCCGGAGGAACGCACUGGUGAGCAGGGCUACCACCACCUUGUGCGUCACGUCGACUUCGUCCAGAACAGCCGUCUCUUCGCCCUGCAGAUCCCCGACGAGGAGAAGAUCAGCAUUGACGUGAACGACGUGCGCUUCGUGCCUAAGCCCGUCGACCCCAAGGAGGAGAAGGAACGCAAGAAGAAGGAGAAGGCUGCUGCCGCUGCUGCCCAGACCCCUGAUGCUGGCAAGCCCCUCGUCGUCGGACAGGGUAAGCCCGAGGCUGCGGCCAAGAAGGGCGAGGCCAAGGGUGAGGCCAAGGACGCUGCUGCGGCUGCUAAGCCCGAGGGCAAGCCCAAGAAGGAGAAGAAGGAAAAGAAGGAGAAGCCGGCCAAGGCUGCCCCGGCCCCUGCUGCUCCCCCGUCUCCCUCCGUCAUCGACCUCCGUGUUGGCCACAUUCUCCGUGCUAUCAACCACCCCAACGCUGAUUCCCUCUACGUCUCGACCAUUGACUGCGGUGAUGCCCCCGGCACCGAGAACACCUCUCUGGACGAGGCCACCGGCAAGACUGUCCGUACUGUGUGCUCUGGUCUGAACGGGCUGGUUCCCCUGGAGGAGAUGCAGGGCCGCAAGAUCGUUGCCGUCUGCAACCUGAAGCCCGUCACCAUGCGUGGUAUCAAGUCCUGCGCUAUGGUCUUGGCCGCUUCUCCUCGUGUGGCGGAGGGUGAGGACUCGCACGCUGGACCCGUCGAGCUCGUUUCGCCUCCUGUUGACGCCCCGGCCGGUGAGCGCAUCUGCUUCGACGGCUGGACCGAGGGUGAGCCCGAGAAGGUUCUCAACCCCAAGAAGAAGGUCUGGGAGACCUACCAGCCCGGUUUCACCACCACCGACGACCUGGAGGUUGCGUUUGAGAUGAGUGCCGUCCCCGCCGUGCAGGGCCAGGAGGGCAAGCCUGCUUUGGGCAAGUUGAAGACUCAGUCUGGCGGUAUCUGCACUGUCAAGAGCCUGAAGGGAGCGACUGUCCGGUAAUCGGUCUGGGAGAUUCAGGUAUCAUAAUAAUGGAACAGAAGACCAAAAUCAAUGGGAAGUGAGCUCUACGGAGUAUUCAGAACGUAAAUAAGUCAUGAUUGAUAGCGCCAUUGCGGAAUAGACGAGAAACGAGGAAUUUCUUUUUGAUGUUUUCUUUCAUAGCAUUGCUACCAAGCCUG